GCGAGCCCGCGGCCGGGGAGGCGAGCGGGCGGGAGCCGCUGUGCGGAGGCGGGAGCGAGAGGCCGAGCGGCGGCGGCCGGCUCGGGCCCAGCGCGGGCGGACGGCAUGCUGAGCCUCCUCUUCUGGGCGCUCACUCUCCCCGGCACUUUCUCUCGAGCAGGGCUUUAGGAAUGCCUCUGGAGAGCAAUAGCACGCACCCAGUGACCUGCCAAUCAAGCCUGCUCCCGGACAAGCCCUGGUUUCUGAGCCAGAAGAUGUGGGCUCCACACUUAGUCCUUGCUUAUCUUAUCUUUGUGACUUUGGCUUUGGCCCUGCCUGGGACCCAGACCCGCUUCAGCCAGGAGCCAUCGGAUCAGACGGUGGUGGCUGGGCAGCGGGCUGUCCUCCACUGUGAGCUCCUCAACUACUCGGGGAUUGUACAAUGGACCAAGGACGGGCUGGCUCUGGGCAUGGGCCAGGGCCUGAAAGCCUGGCCACGGUACCGGGUCGUGGGCUCUGCGGAUGCCGGGCAGUACAACCUGGAAAUCACAGAUGCCGAGCUCUCUGAUGACGCCUCCUACGAGUGCCAGGCCACCGAGGCUGCCCUGCGCUCCCGGAGGGCCAAACUCACCGUGCUCAUUCCUCCAGAGGACACAAGGAUUGACGGGGCCCCCGUGAUUCUGCUGCAGGCAGGCACCCCCCACAACCUCACGUGCCGAGCCUUUAACGCCAAGCCUGCUGCCACCAUCGUUUGGUUCCGGGAUGGGAGCCAGCAGGAGGGGGCCGUGGCCAGCACAGAACUGCUGAAGGACGGUAAGCGGGAGACUACGAUUAGCCAGCUGCUCAUUCACCCCACGGACCUAGACAUCGGGCGGGUGUUCACCUGCCGCAGCACGAACGAGGCCGUCCCCAAUGGCAAGGAGACGUCCAUCGAGCUGGAUGUGCACCACCCCCCUACAGUGACUCUGUCCAUUGACCCCCAGACGGUGCAGGAGGGCGAGCGCGUUGUCUUCACGUGCCAGGCUACAGCCAACCCGGAGAUCCUGGGCUACAGGUGGGCCAAAGGGGGGUUCUUGAUUGAGGACGCCCACGAGAGUCGCUACGAGACGAAUGUUGACUACUCCUUCUUCACGGAGCCGGUGUCUUGUGAGGUUCACAACAGAGUGGGGAGCACCAACGUCAGCACUCUGGUGAACGUUCACUUUGCCCCCCGGAUUGUAGUGGACCCGAAGCCUACAACCACAGACAUUGGAUCCGAUGUGACCCUCACCUGUGUCUGGGUCGGGAACCCCCCCCUCACCCUCACCUGGACCAAGAAGGACUCAAACAUGGUCCUGAGUAACAGCAAUCAGCUGUUGCUGAAGUCAGUGACCCAGGCAGAUGCUGGCACCUACACCUGCCGGGCCAUCGUGCCUCGGAUCGGAGUGGCUGAGCGCGAGGUUCCGCUUUAUGUGAAUGGACCCCCGAUCAUCUCCAGCGAGGCGGUGCAGUUUGCCGUGAGAGGGGAUGGCGGCAAGGUGGAGUGCUUCAUCGGCAGUACCCCGCCUCCAGACCGGAUCGCGUGGGCAUGGAAGGAGAACUUCCUGGAGGUGGGGACCCUGGAGAGAUACACGGUGGAGAGGACUAAUUCGGGCAGCGGCGUGCUGUCCACUCUGACCAUCAGCAACGUCAUGGAGGCCGACUUCCAGACGCACUACAACUGCACCGCCUGGAACAGCUUCGGGCCAGGCACGGCCAUCAUCCAGCUGGAGGAGAGAGAGGUGGUACCCGUGGGCAUCAUUGCUGGGGCCACCAUCGGCGCUGGCAUCCUGGUCAUCUUCUUCUUUGUCACCUUAGUGUUCUUCCUCUACCGACGUCGCAAAGGCAGUCGAAAGGACGUGACCUUGAGGAAGCUGGACAUCAAGGUGGAGACGGUGAACCGGGAGCCGCUCACGAUGCACUCUGACCGAGAGGACGACGCCGCCAGCAUCUCCACGGCCACUCGGGUCAUGAAGACCAUCUACUCGUCCUUUAAGGAUGACUCGGAUCUGAAGCAGGACCUGCGCUGUGACACCAUCGACACCCGGGAAGAGUAUGAGAUGAAGGAUCCCACCAAUGGCUACUACAAUGUGCGCGCUCACGAAGACCGCCCGUCCUCCAGGGCGGUGCUCUAUGCGGACUACCGAGCCCCCGGCCCCACCCGUUUUGACGGCCGCCCAUCAUCCCGUCUCUCCCAUUCCAGUGGCUAUGCCCAGCUCAACACGUACAGCCGGGCCCCUGCCUCUGACUAUGGCACAGAGCCCACACCCUCUGGCCCCUCUGCUCCAGGUGGCACCGAUACAACCAGCCAGCUGUCCUACGAGAACUACGAGAAGUUUAACUCCCAUCCCUUUCCCGGGGCAGCUGGGUAUCCGACCUACCGCCUAGGCUACCCCCAGGCCCCGCCCUCUGGCCUGGAGAGGACCCCCUACGAAGCCUACGACCCCAUCGGCAAGUACGCCACGGCCACGCGGUUCUCCUACACCUCCCAGCACUCGGACUUCGGCCAGCGCUUCCAGCAACGCAUGCAGACUCACGUGUAGGCGCUGGGCCCGGGGUCUCCGCCGGCCAGCGGAGAAGGCCUGCCACUGCUCCCUGACAUUCAGGGACAUCGCUCACUGCGCCUUUCUUGGACCCAGCCUUCCUUCUCCUGCCGUCACAAAUAAGGAGCGGGUCUCCCAGGAACACCCCAUCCCAAGGAUGGCGCUCCGUGCACGCCCCAUCCCCGGGCCUGCCCUUUCCUCCCUCAGGAGGAUGUCUUUUCUGACCUUUGUUCUUACCUGACCCAAGGGGACAGGGAGGUGGAGGUUGGGGUGAGGGGAGGGUGGGAGAGAAGAGGAGAAGGGCAUAUUUUAUUGGUUCCUUUCUGUCCUGCUCCUCUGGUCUCCCAUAGUGGGUUGGAGAUACGCUGAGAUGGGCAGGCUUUGGCCUAGGUGGCUGCAGUCCAAGCAGCUGGAAUUCGGGACAGCCCACCAGUCCCCGGCUUGAGUUCUUUAUACCUGUGUUCAUCUUCCCAUCUCAGGAGAUUACAGGUGGGACAGUGAGUUCAAAUCCAGCCCUUGGUCAGUUGGGGUCAAAAAUGCCAGUCACCCUGGCUGCUACUACGGCUUUCUGUGAUGAGGGCUCCAGAAUUCCCGGUAGCACUGCUUUUCUUCUCAGCUUUGUGCUGGACCAGCUGUGUCCUGGGUGAGAGUGAAGAAUGGUUGGCCAUGCUGUGUACUGCAUGGCAGUUCCCAGACCCAACACUAGUGGGAGCCACACAAGCGUCCUUCUGUGUGUUCUCUGCCCCACUUGGGUGGCAUUAACCCUUGAGGCUGGGUGGGGUAGAGACUGCUCUUCAUGGGGCUAUUUUUCACAGGCAAUAAAAACCUCAGAAAGAAAAGCUGUAGGGGCAUCCCCCACUAUAUACAAGUCCCUGUGGAGAGGAAAGGGGCCCUGUCCUCCAGGCUCUUAACACCUUGCAUUAUUACCCCGAGUCUCCAAGCACUUUCAAUCUAUUAUGUACACCCAAAUGGUGAGACCUGCCCUGCACGCUGGUGGAUUCCCACAGCGUUAGGCAGUGUCCGUGCCUCCAGUUCUAGCCCACCCCAUCUAACUCCUCACCCUAGCUGGAGACUGCCUGGAGUUGGCCAGUAGAUGCUAUAUCCAGACACAUUUCAGCCACCCUGUACCCAUCAGUCAGAUCCCUUCUUCUGUGUUCAGUGCCUUGAGUGUCAGGUUUGUGGUGCUCCCUGUGUGGGGAGCAGGGAAGGUGUGGGCUUCAGAUUGUGCCGUUAGCACCCCGGGAGAGGCAGAUGAGGGGACGGGAAGUGACCUGGAUGGAGACCUGAGUGCAGAACACGGUAGGCAUUGCAUUCCAUAGACCGCGUUACCUCCCACCCACAAGCACACACGGCCACACACAUUCCACACCCCUCCCCGCUUCCACCGCUGACCAAAGAGAAUCUGUAACCUGUGUUUCAGCCUCGCCUUCCCAAGAGACCGGCAGGGGUCUACUGUCCACCCCCACGGGGGCCUGCGUGAUGGGAGGCAAUAUUCCAGAGUACUCCUUGCCUUUUCUCAUUGGUCACCAUUCAUUAGUCGUGUUUACUUUAAUGAGUUACAUGUUCAUCAGCCACGGUCCAUCACUGAUCCAGAUGGGCCUGUGGAGUGACAUUCCCAGCUAGCUCCCUCUGAGGAGGACCAGGGAGGACCCGGGGAUCAGGGAGUUCCAUCUCCAGCCUGGCAGGCAACUCCUGCUUCUCGCUGUAUCCGCACAGAGCGGGUGCUUUGUGCGGCACAGCCAGGCGCGUGGCCAUGCCCCAGCUCAGAGGACUCCCCAUGCAGAGCCCCUUCACGGAGCUCAGUGGGGCAGAGUGCUCACACUGCAGCUUCUUGUGGUGAUGAACACAUGCAGGUUUUCAGUGACCCCUGAGACCAUGGUGACCCAAACACUUCUGGAGUCUAAACAGAGUUGUGUCGUUCUAAACAGCAGUGUGCUCUAAAAUAGUCACUUUGGGGUUUGGCUUGAUUCGUUUAUUUCUCUCUGAUUGAAGUAGUAGGUCCUGCCUAUGGAAACAAGAGCAUCACUAAGGUCAAGCCCUGCAGGAGAAUUGUGGGUAGCAAGCGCCAUGCGAGGCACAGUGAGUGAGAAUCAGAGCUGGCCCCAGCUGAAAGAUCAGUGGAAUUCCUUAUGGGGGAGCUGGAGGCCCCUUUGCUCCCCCAUUAGAAGCUAAAGUCUUCCAGCAUGUUGCUACUUGGUGGUCCUAAGCGCCCCGAGUGUUGCUGCUUUAGUUGAAGGAACCAGGAACCGGGAGUCAAGAGACCCAGGGUUCCACCCUGCAGCUUUCACUCUGAGUUACCGAGAUCUGACCUCUUGGUUUUCAUUGUCUCCAUCUUUUGGUCUGUGCCUAGAACUAUUCUGUAUGACCUGUGUUUGGCUGGGGAGGCCCAUUUGGGGAUUGCCUGUUCCUCGUAAGACCUCAGGAGCAAUCAGCAAUGGAAGUGAGGCCUGGCCUGCUAGAAGGAGCUUCUUAACCACACAGUCCUUGAUGCCCGCCGCCCUGACAUGAGUGAAACAAAGCUAUCAGCGUUGCUCUCCUCUUAGCGUCAGCAGUUGCUGUGGUCAUGGGAGGGUGCGUUUCCUGUGGACAGACCGCAGCACAUACGGGGAGAUAGGAAGGCUGCCUUCCACUUAGUCUUCAGGAACAGGCUUCUGUCCCAGUGACAACUCCCUGUUUGCCAGGCAGGGUGAAGCCUGUGACCCCAGCGGUCUUAGACCAGAAACCAGGAGUAGGGGCAGCUGAGCCUCUUCUGUCGGUUGAAAGGGAAGCUGGUAGAGGGAGGAAGAGGUUGGUGGUUUUGACAUAAACUCUGCAUAUGGGAGAAGCUCUUGUAGCCCUGGAUAAGCCCAACCCUUUGUAGAGAGCCCAGCCUGCUUGCAGGUCCUGCUUCCCCAAACCAACCACAGAAUGUGCAUGAAGCAAACACCUUAGGGGGAAAGGAAAGGAACCAGGGAUGGGUGCGAUGUUCAGCUCUCCCAGAUGUCUGGGUUAAGAUGGAAGAGAUGAACUCAGCCAGCAUGAUUCUGGGUGACACAGGGCACGCUGGCACACCCCUCCUAUUGACAUGUGGAGCUCCUGGGCCCCUAAGGUGGAAUUGCAGGGCCCCUCUACAACUGGCCCAUUAUAUGGCAAUGUUUAGGCCAUCGGGAUUUACAGAAACUCAGUUAAAGCCAAAGACCUUGUUUGGAUACAUAAUGUCUACUGAUGUGAUCACCUGCUCAUCUUGCUGGGAGCACUUCUGUCCCUGUGGGUGAAUUACAUGAGUUCCCAAAGCCACUGCAGGCUCGAAACACCUGGUCUCCCUGCUCUGCCAUUUCUGUGGACUCAGAGCCCAGGCAUGCUCUACACCUAUAGAGCCUAGUGUCACAGGACAGCCCAGCUGACCUGUGAAAGAACUAUAAAACUGUCACCUAAACAUAGCAUUCCCUUCUCCCUGUGGCUCUCCCCUGAAGACAGUGUGUUUUGGCUAACUGUCCACAGCUUGCCGCUGACACCAGUGGGCCAGCCGAUAGGACUAAAGAGCGUGGUUUGGCAGGGUGUGGAUUAGAGAGGGUACAGCAUUUCAUUUCCCUAUAGUGCUGGGAGGGAGCCCCUUUCCCAGAGGAAGAUAACUUGCCCAAAACACAGGUCAUACUAGGAAGCCCUGGUCAAGCUCGCUCUUAACUCUGCUGACAGCUUUGCGUGCACAGAGCUGCCCUUCCCAGUCCAUCCACUGCCCUGACGACUGGCCUUUGGGAAGCAGUAGCCAGGUUUUUCUGUUGGUUUCAGGAGCUGUCCAUCGCCCUGAGAACAGGACUUGGGAGGGAAGCAUUCAGUUUGUGGAUGCAAUCAAAUCCAUAGGCUCCUUAGCAAAGUGACCCACAAGGCCAAGCUGCCUCCUCUUAGCAGGGCACCCAGGUCCAGCUGUCCACCCCAGUCAUUCCUGGGAUCACCAGCUGCAUUUCUGAUGCCGGUUGAAUUUUCUCUACCAAAAUCCUCAUAAGUGGAUCCAUGGUGACAACUAAGAGAAGAAAAAAAAAAGUAUUUUUGUUAGGACAAACCAUCAUAGAUUUUUUAGCAAUGUGUAUCUGUGUGUCCUUUACACCUUUUCCUAUUCUGACAUUUUUUCCUUUUUUUUUAAGAAAAAUAUUGUGUACUAUAUUUUUAGCCUC